AUGAGCAGUAGGUAGAAGAAGAAACACACGACGUUUGACCCCAGAGAGCGCGUCUCCACGGCGUUGGCUCCGACCCCUACGCCAUAGUACUUUGAUGUCUUUGUCCUCAUCCAUAUUGUUACAUACAGCUCGGCUGUUGUGACCGAGUAGCCAUGCCCAAAAUCCGUCGUUGUCACCGUCGUUCAUCUCGUCGCGUAGCUCCGCCAAAGGACAGCGACUUCGACCAUGAAAUCACCUUGGUAAACAAGGAAGACGUUUCGCCAGCUAGUUCCAGAGAAUCUCUUGCGCACACAAACACAAAUGGAGAAGCAGAGCCUUCCGGUUCCCGCCGACAGAAACGGCUCUCCGUCUCUACCGACUCCCGAUCCGGAAUAGAGGACGGAGAUGCUACUCCACAUCGCGUCGAAAUCGCAGACGGUGACGUGAAGGCUACAGCACCGCCGGAUGGUCCGUCCGUCUAUGUCCAACAACCCACCCCCGACCCCGACCAAGUCGAACGCAAACUAUCAUUUCCAUCUCUCAAGUCCAAGCCCUCCAAGGCUUCGAAGGCCUCCAAAGCCUCCCGCGAGACCAAUGGCAGCACCCGCCGAAAAUCCCUAACCACCCCCGAAUCCGCCAUCGACAUCCUCUACGAAAACCAACGCGGCUGUUUCCUCUGCGGCAUCCCCCUCUUCUCCUCCAAAGCCCUCGGCCCCCUCGACACGCCACCAUGGACCAACAAGCAUCAUUCAGCCUCCCCAAUGGACAUCACCAACGCGCAGGUUCCCGAUCCGUCAUGGGAGUGGGCGUGGGCUGAAUGGCGCGUCAACCACGAGAAGGACUACGCCGAUGAAGAAGGGUGGGAGUACAGCUUUGCGUUCUGGAAGAAAUUCUCAUGGCACCGGCCCAAAGGGUGGAAUUCCUUUGUAAGAAGGAAGGCAUGGAUACGGAAACGUGUGAAAAAAGCAGCUGGGCAUGACGUUCUGCAUGAGGGACAGGACCCGUCCAUGCUGAACCCGGAGUACUUCACCGUCCGGGCCUCCGCGGAGAUGAACAGGGAGAGGAGCCGGAGCCGGAGCAGGAGCAGGACACGCAGCAAGAGCCGCAGUCCCAGUAGGGCUAGCACGCAGAUGAACUCAAGGCGCAGUCGGGCGAGCAUGCGGAGUAUUUCGGAGGCGCUUGAUGAGGAGGAGGAUGAGAUGGUGGAGGAUAUUGAGGAUGUCGAGCAGCUGCUUUGUGUGUUGAGGGAGUGCAGGAUCGAUCGCGAGAAGAUCGAGGCGGUGAAUAAUUACUUGGAGCACGCCGGUGAUAACCUGGAAGGACUGGCGGGCGUUAUGCACGAUAUCAUGUCCAUGUUCAUUUUCCAGGCUUCGAGACGGGCGCUGUUGGCGAGACUUACGGAGGUCUAUGACAAGGCUGUUGAGGAGCGGGAGCGGAAAGAGAAGGAACUGGAAGAGAAGCAAGAUAAGGAGAAGAAGGACAAGGGCAAGUCCACCGAGGACAAUGCCACUCCUCCAACAGACGGAGCCAUGUCCUCGCCUGGAUCACCACCCCUCAGCCCCGAAGAGCUCAAGGAGAAACAAUCUCGCCGAGAAGAAAACCUCCACCAGGCUGUCAAGAGAGCCGACGAGGAAGUCAGGCGCCUUGAGUAUUGGAGCGAUGUCAAGGAAAUGGUCGUUGAGGGAGAGACCAAGUACGGCGUGGAUACCGAUAAGGGCUGGGAUCCUAGCUGGCAGGGAGUGGACAGUUCGGGACCGGCACAGCCGCCGGCGCCGAAUCAUGGUGAUGCUCAGACAAAGUAGGCUGGUUAGGUU